AAACCUCCGUCUCGCGCAGCACACACGAGCAGCCGCCCAAAGGAAGAGAGAGAAAAAAAGCUCGAGGGGAAAAGGAGAGGUGUGCGAGAGAAGGGAGAGAGAGAGGAGAGAGAGAGAGGAGGCGAGGAGGGAGACCUCCACUACUCGCACGGGAAGAAAGCACUGCUGCGCGCGAGGGGCGCGUGACGACGGGUGGUCGCCGCCGCCGCCGCCGCAUCGUGCCGUCGAGAUCUAGGGUUCCCGGCGGGCAGGAGCCAUGGCGAGCCCGCGGUCGGCAGGUGGGGUGGGAGGAGGAGGCGGAGGAGGAGGAGGAAGUGGUGGCGCAGCCGCGGGGGACGACGCGAUCUGGAGUAAGCUCCGGGAGGCCGGCUUCGACGAGGAGUCCCUCAAGCGCCGCGACAAGGCGGCGCUCAUUGCGUACAUCUCGCGGCUCGAGUCCGAGAUUUAUCAAUACCAACACAAUCUUGGUCUUGUUUUGAUGGAGCGGAAGGAGUUAACAUCCAAGCAUGAGCAACUUAGAGCUGCUUCGGAAUCUGCUGAGAUUAUGCACAAGCGUGAACGUGCAGCCCAGCAGUCUGCUUUAGCUGAAGCAAGGAAGAAGGAAGAAAACCUGAAAAAGAGUUUAGGCAUCCAAAAGGAGUGUGUUGCUAAUCUUGAAAAAGCAUUGCAUGAUAUGCGUGGGGAAACAGCUGAAACAAAGGUUUCAUAUGAAUCGAAAUUGGCUGAAGCUCUUCAAUUGAUGGAGGCUGCACACAAGAAAUUUGAUGAGGCAGAAGAGAAGCUUCUUCUAGCAAAAUCUUUGGAGGCAGAGUCCAUACGGACUCAUAAUGCAGCACUGAGAAGUUUACAUGACAUCGAUGAUCGCGAAGAUCAGCUUAGAAGAGACCGAAUUUCUUGUGAGCUCGAGAAUGAGGCCAAAGAGAAGGAAAUUAGCCUCCAGAGGAAAUCGUUGAACGAUAUGAAGAAAAUUUUGCAUGAAAAGGAGGAAGUAUUACUAAAGGAACAAGCUCUACUCAAUCAGAGGGACGAGAACAUCCUUGAGAGAUUAGCUUAUGUUACUCACUCAGAGAAAAGAGUGGAAGAAGAAAAGAAUAUUCUUGAAGCUGAACGGAAGGUUUUGUUAGAGGAAAAAUAUAAGUUGGAGCUGAAAAUGGAGGCAAUAGUUUCAAGAGAGGAAGCUCUGAUUCAGAAGGAAUCCCUGCUUGACAAAAGGGAGAGUGAAUUAUUAAUUUUGCAAGAGACAAUCGCAAGUAAAGAACGGGCCGAGAUUGAAAGGUUGAAUCAGGAACAAGCUAUAGCCUUGGAGAGGAGAAAACAUGAUUUUGAAUCUGAGAUGGCAAACAAACAAAUGUCUUUUGAUGCAGCAAUGGAGGUGACAAGAAAUGCGCUGCAUCAGAGAGAAUGUGCUCUCAGUGAGCAGGAAUCUGUGGUUGUGCAAAGAUCCCAGAAUCUUGACCUUCAGCUAGCUGAAUUAGCAAGCAAGGAAAAGGCGUUGGCAGGGAGAUCAGAUGAGUUGAAAGAGGAGGAGGAAAAGCUCUUGUUACACAGAGAAGCCAUACACAAUGAACUUCAAAAAGAAAGGGAAGAAAUACAAAGGAUUAAAUCGGAUUUGGAGAAGGAAAAGGCUUUCUUUGAAGAGGAGAAACGGGAAGCAAUUCAAGCCCAACAAGAUCUAGCAAUAACACAAGCAGAUAGAGAUGAGUUGCUUACUCUGCAGAUGAAACUUAAAGAAGAAAUUGACAGCCUCAGAGCCCAAAAAAGGGAACUCAUGGCUGAUGCAGAUAGGCUGCAAGCCGAAAAGGAAAGGUUUGAGAUUGAAUGGGAGCUGAUUGAUGAAAAGAAAGAGGAGCUACAAAAGGAAGCGAUCAGAAUUGCUGAAGAACGAAGAGCAAUAACUGAGUAUCUGAAGAAUGAAUCUGAUAUCAUCAAACAGGAGAAGGAUAAUCUCCGUGUUCAGUUCAAAAGUAAUUCAGAAACACUCUCUCGUGAACACAAAGAGUUCAUGAGUAAGAUGCAGCAAGAACAUGCAAGUUGGCUGAGUAAGAUUCAACAAGAAAGGCAAGAUCUGAAGAGAGACAUUGAUAUCCAGAGGGUGGAAUUGCUAAAUUCUGCUAAGGCAAGGCAGAUGGAAAUAGAUUCUUAUUUGAGGGAAAGGGAGGAAGAGUUUGAGCAGAAAAAGGCCAAGGAACUCGAACACAUCAAUUCUCAGAAGGAGAUGAUCAACACAAAAUUAGAACAUGUUGCAGUUGAAUUGCAGAAACUUAAGGAUGAGAGAAAAGAAGCUACUUUGGAACGUGAGAGGAGAGAGCAAGAGUUGUCUGAGAUAAAAGGCACUAUUGAAGCCUUGAAUAAUCAACGGGAGAAGCUGCAAGAGCAAAGAAAACUAUUACAUUCAGACCGAGAAGCAAUUACAGUGCAAAUUCAACAACUUAAUGUGUUGGAAGAACUGAAAAUUGAUUCUGAAAAUAAGCAACUGUCUUUGUUACAACAUGAUAAGUCAAAGCUUGGAAGUGAUAUAAAUGUGAAAGACAAUCAUCAUGAUAACUCCCAUUCUUCACCAAAGCAACGUUUUGGAAGGAAACUAGACCUUUCUCCAGUCUCAACACCGAUUUCUUGGGUUCGAAAAUGUGCUCAGGUGAUAUUCAAACGGUCUCCAGAGAAGAGCGCUAGCCAUGAUCAAUUUGUCCAGAAUGGUGUGCCAAAGAAAGUUGGAGACUCUGUGGAUGUUGAAGAUGUGAAUUUGGACUUUGCAAAAGUUGGUCAAAAGAGGCUUAAUCAUUUGGUUUCUUGUGACCAAACUGAAGUUUUAGAGCCAAAACGAAAGCACAGAAGGAGUACUAUUCAGAAAGUUAAUGGAGGGGAAAUCACUUCCAACUGCCUGUCAGCUCUAGAAGAGAAAUGCUCCAAGAAUGAACAUGAUGAAGCCCCACUUGGUUUAUCCAACACCUGCAAGGAACAUGAAUACGGCGAUAAAGGGCCAGAGAACCUUACAAAACCAGGAGAACCAGCUUCAUCUGUUGAUGUGCCUUACGUGAACGGAAUAGUGGAUAAUUCAGAUUCUGUCCAAGAGGAACCUUCGGUGGAGGCUACAGUGUCUGCAACUGAAACAUCUAAUGUAGAUGGACCUGAGGACAACAAUGACUCUGACGAGGAAGAUGAAGAGGAAGAGGAAGAGAAAACAUCUUCAGCGAAGAAGCUGUGGCGUUUCCUCAUAACUUGAUGGAGAUUAGUUUCACCUCUGAUAGAUAAUACAGAGCUAACUGUAGGCUGACAGUUACCUCUCUUAUAAAGAUAAUCACUUUAGCUGUAUUGCUUUCGGCAUUGCCCCCCUCUCGGAUUGAAAGGGGAAGCCUUUGUGUCUAGUUGUGUGUGCAUGUGGUAUUGUGAGCAGCGGCAGUUUUGGAAGCCGCUGCUGAGCUGAAUCCUCCACUGUGUUUUCCAUCUUCUUGCCUCUGUUGCUUCUUCGACUUGUAAAGUGGUUGUGUAAAAAAUGAUGGGGGCGCCCUGGUAACCUCUUGCUGUUGUGCGAAGUGGAAGCAAAGUUAACGUAGAUGGUUUGAUAUUCAUUUGAUU